CAGCGCGUAUCAACUAUCAUUGUGAUUGUCGACGAUUGUGCUAAAGAAGACCCUGGAUUUGAAAUAUUUUAUCAUACAUAAAUCGAAUUUAUCACAAGUCACAAUAGAAAGUCUGAACUAGUUACUAGACAUUGGGGCAACAUAAAUUAUUAGGAGGAAUUAUUCUUGAAAAGCUAAAUCUUGUUCAAGUAUUAAUAUGGCAACAUCAUUAAGCAGUACACAUAACUUCAAAGUUGUUCUACUUGGAGAAGGGUGUGUUGGAAAGACUUCAAUUUUACUACGCUAUAUUGAAGAUAAAUUUAAUGAUAAGCAUUUAACAACAUUACAGGCCACAUUUUUAAACAAAAAGUUGAAUAUAAACGGAAAAAGGAUAAAUCUUUCAAUAUGGGACACAGCCGGUCAGGAGAAGUUUCACGCUUUGGGUCCGAUAUAUUAUAGAAACUCCAAUGGUGCUAUUCUUGUCUAUGACAUAACAGAUGAAGACUCUUUUAUAAAGGUUAAGAAUUGGGUGAAGGAGUUAAAGAAAAUGCUGGGAUCGGAGAUAGUGCUGGUUAUAGCUGGAAACAAAUGUGACUUGGAACAUGAACGGUCGGUGGAGAGGAUAGAAGCCGAACGAUACGCAGGCAUGGUAGGCGCUAAACACUACUACACAUCUGCAAAGCUCAAUCAAGGAGUUGAGGAGUUGUUCCUGGAUUUAACCAGAGAAUUGGUGGAGAGAUUCGAACAGAACGCCCAAGCUGACGUUACCAGGACAUCCAGAGUCCUCGUGGUCGAGGACGAAGCGCCGGCACCAUCCUCGUGUUGUUCAGGUUCUAGGAGUUCGUAGAACCUGAAUUAUUUUACCUGUAAAUAAAACUCUUAAACAUCUUAAUCUUGCUAUGUAGAUCAAUAAUAUUUUUCAAAAUUGCAACUUAACUUAAAUCUUUACACCGACUUCAAAUUUCAAUAUAAAUAAUUACCGCUUAAUUAUUUAAAUUAGUAAACCACCCACUUGUUCAUAUAAAACCGAAAAUAUUUUAUUAUCCUUAGAUUGUCACCAAUUUUAUGUUUUUUUUAUGAUAUGAGUAAGAUAGUAGGAAAAAUACGAUUUUACGUUUUCCUGUUUCCAAAUUUUAUAACAGUUUUAAAACUGUUUAAUUAAAAUAAGACAAAAAUUAAAUUAACAAAUCGUGGACAUUGAAAUGUAUUUUUUUAGAUAAACAGGCAAAAACAAAACGUAAAAGCCUAGAUAUAUUCGUUCCAAGCCACUGCCAUCAAAAUAUUUAAAAUGUAAAAGUUUUCUCCUAGACUGCCAAUUUCACCAAAAAAUAUACGGGCUGCAACUGUCCCUUUCGCACGUUUGGGAGCCGCCGAGAUAGCACUAUAUAGCCAAAUUGUUCGGUAUGUUAUUACAAUCUCUAUACGUUUACAGUAUAGAUAUGAAGAUAUAUGAACCUCCUCCCCUUUUUGUAGUCGGUUGAUAUAAGUGUAGAUCGUCCAACUUUAUUUUAGUUUCAAAAAUAUUGUAUUUGAACGGUAACAUUAUGUAAAAUAAAAUAAUUUUGACCAAGAUAAUAAUCGAAGAGCUCUUCUUCAGAAUAGGUUAUGGUUUUUGAGAUGAUACUCUAAAACUGUCUGAUGUAACCUAACGAAGAAUAUACUUUGAGAGUCAUUAUUAUAUAGUUAGUAUAAUAUAUUAUGUUAUUCUGACAAAGAUAAUAUGUAUAUGUUGACAUUAUGUUUGUACAGUCAUUUUCAAUUACAUAUCAAAAUUAUUGUUAUAACGAAAUGAGUGAAAUGAAUUUAUUUACGAGUUCGUUGUAUUUUUAUCUUAAUGCAAUAAAUGAACGCUUCUGGGGCCUCCACAUGAUAAGUGAUAGCUGGAGUAAAUUCGGAUUUACCAAAUGUAUGGUGUUGUUUUUUAUAUAUAUAAAGAGAUAACAAACUGUCAAGAGGCUCACGUGAUAAGAAGUGGCGAGGUAACCGCUCAUGGACAUCUGCAACAUCAGAUGACACGACCUUUAAGGUGAGAGUAUGCUAUAUUUUUGAAGGUCCCUAAGUAGUAUUGGUUCGGGAAACCAGCAGCCUGUGAUUGAUUCCACAAAGUGGCUGUGCGAGGCAAGAAAUAUCAUGCAACGCGGUUGUGUAAUGUCAGACGUAAACGUGAUGCCGCUUGAAUUUAGCAUUUUGACGUAAUGUCCGAUGGUGGAAUUUGGCUGCUGGUAUCAACCCGAACAACUCAGAUCUCUCCCCGUGAUCAAUGCGGUAAAAGAUGCAGAGAGAACCCACAUCUCUACGCAACGCCUAAGAAUGAAGCCGAUCGGACACAUACACAGUACACAGUACUCCAUGUGAGACCGAAUUUGGGCCUUAUAUAGUUGCAGCCGGCGACUUGUGUUGUGAAGUACUGUCUCGCCUUACUGAGUACAGCAAGCAUUUUAUAGACCAGUUUGACCUUCCAUUCUAAGUGUCCUCGGAACUGGACGUCGCUCGAUAUAUCGACGAUAUAUGGCGAUACAAGCUGUGGCAGUUAGAGGACUGUUAUCAAAUCGAUUGGAUACGAUAACGGGAGACUUGUGUCUUCUUAGGGUUGAAUUGGACACAUUUUUCUCGGCCCAUUUUGAGAUAUUCAUAGCGUAGUCUCGAUUUCAGACACAAGUUGGUCGCUGGUACUUUGACUCUCAGAUACAACCGCAUUGACCCAAGCCUGAUAGCACUUCUGCUUUCGGAAUAUUCGAAACUUAGAUAAAUUAGUUUCGCACUGGAGUUUAUGAUAUAAUAACUCCAGACACUUAGUGCCUUUUCAUACCUAAGGAAUGUCAGGUAUCAAAACACACCGGAUAUCCGCCAGUAGAGGCGAACAAAACGGCAAUAGCACUGACAAUAUAUGAUAAUAAAUAAAUGUUUAUCGUGCUUCUAAAUGGACAAUAUUUUGCUACUACAAGCUGUUUUUGUGGCUGAUGUAUUUUUGAAAGGUGCCAGUGUAGUCACUUAUGUUAGCCAUCUUUUUGAACGCUUCUGUAUGAUGUUUUUUAUAAUGAGUGAGUUGAUAAGUAUCAUUUUUGUGAUCUGAUAAUAAUGCUGAGAUAUAUAUCAACAUCGUUCAGAAUAUUGUAGGCACAUAUUGCCCUUUCGAAGCGCUGAUAAUCGAUAACAUUAAAAUUAGGUAGCUAUAUUUUGUGGUUUUCAUCCUCGAUCAAUUUUAAUGUAUAAAUUGUUGUUAUAGAUAAUAGAUUAAAAAAUGUUUUUAUCAACUUGAGAUUUUAUAUUUUACACACUAUAAUUAUUGUAAUAAGGUAUAAAAAGGCGUAUAUCUUAUCAAAAUGCUGUUGUGAUUUCACUGGUGUUAGUGUUGGUUAUACACAGGAUUGUUGAAUGAAGCUUGUUGUUCAUAAUCUUAGAUUAAGAAUUGGUCUCCUCUGCGCUCCAUAUAGAUACCGCAGGCGUAGUCGCAAAGUGCGUGUCAACGAAUACUACGCUCAAUUGGGCUUACUCGAGCCAGUCUCGAACAAUGUGUGACGUUGACGUACAUCUGUUAAAUUUUGCUAAUAAUUGAAAUUAUAAUGCCGGGCUAGUUAGUAAAACUUUGUAAAAAUAACAGUACACAAAAUCAAAAAGACACGGGGGUAUAUUGUAUUUUAUUAAUUUCAAUGUAAAAUAACACGAAGCGUAUGUUACAAAAUUUGAAAGAUGCCACGCACACAAGCAUCUAAUAGUUGCCGUAAUAUAAAAGCUAUUGUCCUUAGGUAGUGCGGUAUCUAGUAGGAGAGCAGCGGAGACCACUCUUAAUCUAAGUUAAUAAGAAUAUUAACUAAAAUGCGAGUUUGUUGAUGUCUUAUAUAUUCGCUCAACGAAUGCAGCCAUUUUACAUAAAUAUCAGCAGAUCUGUGUGGCUACUUCUGAGCGGUCUUGAGUAUGUUUUAAAAAACUAUUAAUCGUCAUAUGUGUGCUCUAAAGAUUUAUCAUGCGGUUACAUCACCGUUGUUCAUUCCCUUCACUUUUGUGCAAGUUAGAGCUAUGGUUUAUAGUACAAUAAUAUACUCUGAUAUUCUCUUCCCACCAUGGCCUAAGACUACGACACGAUAUAAUAUAUAUGCCAUACUGACAGCUAGCCAUUUCGUCGCUAUUGUCGUGUCGCUCACAUCUAUAGCGUUGUUUCACUCGAAAAUAGUAUGAGAACAGUCAUCGCAUGAUGUCCCACUAAUGACGUAUUCUUAGGCCAAUCACGUUAACCUGCUGUCACGGGAAGAGUAUCAGGCGGAGUAUAUUAUUAUACCAUGAUAACUUAUAUUAACCGUCAUAGGUAGCACAGCACACCUAUAAGAAAGACUUGUCAUGUGUUUACAUAAUCGUUGUACAUGUGGCUAAAGUAAACAUUGAUAAGACUAUCGAGUUCCGGGAGCGCGGUACAUAUGUGCAUGUUUUAUAUAUGCGCUCUUAGAGAACGACAAACUUGUUAAGCGGAUAAUUUCAACUAAUUGCUGAAUCAACACAUUGUCAUAUUUUCUAAACAUUUCAAACGUUUAGGGGAUGGUGGGGGAAUUGUGAACACUUCAAACGCUCAAAAAUAGUAGAAAUAAGUCAAUGAGAAAAUCAACUUUUUUGCAACCUAAACUUCACUAAUUUAUCUACUUGUAGGUGACAAAAAAUUUAAAAAUUAACGUUAUCUAUAUAUAUAAAAAUGAAUUACUGCAGUCUCGCUAAAACUCGAGAACGGCUGGACCGAUUUGGCUAAUUUUGGUCUUGAAUUAUUUGUGGAAAUCCAGAGAAGGUUUAAAAGGUGAAUAAAUAUGAAAAUGCUCGGAAUUAAAUAAAAACAACAAAUUUGUUUUUACUUUCAUGUGUCCAUUGACGCACGGUUUGACAGUUCUGCUGUGAAACAUACAUAUAACAUAUUUUACGAAGUAAUUUUUGAUGUUAUGAUAUAUUAUUGACCAAUUCAUAUAAAAACAUUAUUUCAUUUAUUAUAUACAGAACAAAGUCUUUCGGGUCAUCUAGUUAGAAAUAUAAAUAAAAACAUUGUUAUUCCUCUUUCCCCGAUAUCCUAUGGGGUAAUUGAGAUCAUCCCGCGGGGUAAAUGAGAACAGUAUGGGGUAAUUAGAAACACUCGUUAAAAUCUUAAUUUAUACACUACAGUUGUUUUGGUUAACGCAUUGUAUUUAUUUAUUGACCUUCACUAAUAUCGCCAGCAGUGCAUUUGUCAUGUGCCAAGAGUUAACAGAUGGCGCAUAUGAUUCAAUCCUCUGUCGGAAUGAAUUCAUAGUUUUCGUUGCACAAUAUACAAUAAAAAUGUUUAUUGUUUUCAUUGUAAAGCUUUCUUCAAAUAUGCUGCUGCACCCUUGACUUGUGGCUUAAUUUGCAUUGUUUUUAGUUUUUUUUUGGUUCUUUAUUCGGAAUUUUUUCUUUUGUAGAUUUAGAUUUUCACUCACUUUGUCUUUUUCCACGAGUUGAUUUUGGAGUGGUGGAAAAAAGCUGAGAACGUCAAAAUGAAAAUUACGUCACAUAGAAGUGGUUGAAACAUUUAUACAAAAUCAACCAACAGCUCUAGGGGUAAUUAAGAACGCUAGGAGUUAUUAGGUUCGUUCCCAAUUACCCACCGUACGCCAUUCCCAAUUCCGCAUAAAUAAUAUAAAAGUUACAGCUAUUAUAACAAUCGUCAAAAAUUAUAACAGAAACGCAAAAAAAAAUUGUUCGACUCGGCAGUGAAAGCGCCUGCGGUUUUUCGCUCACACUAUUGCGUACACACCAAGGGAACUGGAUUCGUCCGAUAAACGAAUGCGGGUAUUGUGCUGGGGGAAGUAUUACUUAUCUAACUGUUCCCAAUUACCCGCCGUUCUCUAUUCUCCCACUCUCCCCUACACGUAAACUAUGCUAUUGUAUAAUUGCUACCUAAGUAUUAACUAUAUUAUUUUAUUUUAUUGUUAAUGUAAUUAAUAAAUGAUUUUCGUUAAACUUA